CAUAUAUACGUGAGCACAAGUACAACGACCACCACAUUUUCCAACUCCAACUCCAACAAUCCAGCCAGUCGACGAAACACCAUCAUGGCGAUGGGUUUUGGUUGCGUCUUUGAUUUACAGUUGAGAAAUUCGUCGUGAUGGUUUAAUUUACAUUAUUCUCGUAAUUAUUUAUAAUAUCUGCAGAACCUUUUCGUAUUACCAUUUUGUUUCUCGAUUACAUUUAUGUGCAAGGAUUACAAAUUUCAUUAUGGUGAAGUUGACAGAAGAAAUGGUCGUGGCUCGGACACGAAUAUCUGAUUUCUCUGCUGUAAAGAAGCUGAAUUGUUGGGGAACAGAAUUAACUGAUGUAAGCAUUUUAAGGAAGAUGAAAAAUGUUGAAGUAUUGUCAUUAAGACACCCUAAUGUACUCCUACUAUGGACAGGUUUAUAUAAACCUCAAGAUCAUUGGCUACAACCUACAACUUCUGAAGUUGUUCUACCCACACAUUUUGAAUUCAUUGUAAUACAUUUGAAUCUACAGAAUGGACAAACAAAGAAUCAAAACAAAGAUGACACUGCACGCACAGAUUCACGCAGCGUCAGUGAAAACGUGGCCUCUAAUACUAUUGAAAUGAUUAAGGAAUAUGAUGAGCGCCCUGCGAUAUCGAGACACAAUGGGGACUACGAUGAAAGAAGAUCUUAUGCAGAAUUUAGUAACAACGAUACAUCACAACGUACAUAUGCAUCAACAUCACCGCGGACACAAUACUCUGUGAACGAAAGUAUGGACGAUAGGCGUUCGGAACGGAACAAUUAUGAUUAUGACAAUAGGUUGAGAUCUGAUUACAAGGAGCAUCAUAGAAUAAAAUCGGAUUAUGAAGAACAUCAUCAACCAUCGUCUCAACCUAGACGAAUGCCAGUUCAUCAUAAUGAAGAUUCAAAUCCAAUACCUGGAGGAUGGGUAAGACAUUCGGAGAAAGAAAAGUGUAGGUCACAAUUUCAUUAUCAUAGGCGGCCUGUUACAAGGAAUUCAAAUAUAUUAUCAGCUGUGUUAUGCUUAGUUAAAGAGCUCGACUAUCCGAGCCUCGAAGUGGUCGAAAUGGCUGUUAGGAAUCGAAUGGACGAAUUGGAAGAAUGAUGUUUCUGACACCGUCCCCAAACUGCUCAGGGGACGGUUACUUUUUCUCACAUCAGCGGUUCAUCAAUCCCAAGUCCAGAAUUUUCGGAUUCUCUUGACAGUGCGGUGAUUACUUGCCAAUGUGUCGAUAACGAUGCAAAUUCCAAUGCUGAUCGUCAUACGUACGAUAACGCUGACAAACGACAAAUUCGUCGCAAUGGAUCUACUGAAAAUUGUUUGAUGCGUAGUCCAAAAAAUGUCUCUAUCCAUCCUGGUUCAAAAUAUGUUGGGAAUAAUCAGAGCGGGCAUAAACUAAGAGACUCUGUGCCGGAUAAUCUAAUGUCAGUAGCCGAUAAUCGCGAGGAGAAGAAACCUAAUGAUGUUAGGAGAGUGGCAAGUAGUGACAGCAUACCCCGUGGCAGUUUCAAUGGUUUAACUUUAAGUCCAGGAUGCAGGGUUUUAAGUCAAGAUUGUGUGAGAAGAUCGAAAAGUCCUGAUGUUAGAAAUUCGAUGAUCCCUCUUCGUUACAUUCAAUCGGCAAAAGGUACUUGGACAUACAAUUUGUAAGUGUAAUUGCAAAUAACAUUAAUACUCACUCGAAAUGGAAAGAUUUUCUCAUGGAACAGCUCUCGAAAAAUUCGUAAACAUUAUUACGAUGAUCAUUACGCGAUUACAAAGGAAUAGUUCAACAGUUUCUGAGAAGACGGUAUAUAUAUGUAUGUAAUACAUAUAUAUAUAUAUAUAUAUAUUUAUUAAAUUAGGAACAAUUGUGAUAUCUCGUGGAGAAGUAAUAAGGAACGAAGGAAAUUUUAAUGCAGUCAUGUGCUCCGCGACUUAUUCUUUGAAUGACCGAUAUAUUAUACAAGAAUCAAAAAUGAUGAUUUUGACGACUCAGUACAUUAAAGGCAAUGUUUCUUAGAUAAAAAUAUAUUUCAUAUAAUUUUUUAUAGUAGUUUGUUGCAAAUGUGUUAUGGGACUGUUGUUCAUUUUCAACUGAAUUAUUUUCUAUAGAUUAUAACGCAAUACGAAAUAGUAAAAUUAUAAUUUGUACAUAAAGCGUAUAAUCAAAGAUGAAUUUAUGCCGAAUUAGAUACUUCCUAAAGAAACUAAGUUAGGCGAAAUAUUUUAUUUAUGUUCGAUAUAAUUGUAAAAAAUUGGAACACGCAACGUGCAAUAAUUUAUGAAAUCAAGUGUUACAUAAUUGCAGGUAUAUACGUGUACAAGUUACUUGCAUAGUUUUAAGUAGUAUCUUUAAUCUGUUCUAAAAUAUUACUAUUACCGAUAGACUUGCUUUUUCUUAACAAAUGCUUUUAUACACGUCCAUCUACAUGUUCAUACUCAUAGAAUCCAUGUAAAAAUGUUAAUCGUUAACUUUUUUUUUAUCAAUUCUAUCAUCGAACUUACAUGUGCAUUAGCGACUAAUGCUCUAUACAGAUACAAUAAUGAAUCCAUUGAUAUUAAACGAAUCGUAAGCAGAACUGUACUUAAAACGACGUGAAAAUAAUAUGAUAUAACGAGAAAAUAUAUUAUGCGACGUAUACGUACGUAUGCUCAACGGUACGUGUUAUAGAUUAAUAUUAGACUGAUAAACACCCAUGGCAUAUUUUUUGGAACGAGAAAAGCGACACGAAGCAACCGCUGCAUUCUUUUUACAAUUAAAACCGUUCUACUUAACGAAGCCAAUUUUCAAGUUAGAUUUAAGAUGUUUUAUAAAAAUGCGGAACACAAUAUCUUCUGUUACAUGUAACCGUCCAGUUGCAUUACUUUAUGAACAAUUAAUAUGAUUGUUAUUUAAUAUUGUUACGAGAAUGAUUAUUAAUUGUCUAAUAUCUGUUCAGGGUAUAAAUAUCCAACUUUUCUUUUUAACGCAAACAAAUGUUUUUAGAUAAUUUGUACAUAAUAAAAGGAAAAGUUGCCAGAUGCGUCUUUCAUUCCGGAUGUCGUACUUGCGCCGUAAAUGUUUCAGACUGAAAAUAAGAAAUUUAACCUUGUUACUUAAAAAUUUGUUUUAUCGAAUGCUAAUUACUUAUCAUUAUUAGUUACAUUCUUCCUGAUUAAUAUGUGCAGUUAUGAAUACAGCUUAUUACAGUUAUGAUAUUAAUGUGUUUUGGAAAAUAAAUUGAAUCUAAAGACUACUA